AGCGAUGUACAUUCUAGUAAGUUUUAUUUUAAUCUGUUAAGUUCACAGAAUAUAGAGUAAUUUCGUAGUGAGUGCGGUGAACAUUUGAAUCAAAAGAAAAUAAAAUUUCAAACUUAGCAGUAAUAUCUAUCGUAUAUCUCAUAUACAACAUCAUAUCGUUCUUUUCUGUUCUCUUCUUCUAUUCUACGAAAAAAAUCUCUGGUUCACUCUCUAUCGUUUCUUACUUCUCUUUUUUCGUUUCUGUGAAUAAAUCUAUCAAAUAUAGAAAGCGCUUGAAGCGCUUAAAGCGAUGAACAUUGUGACGGCAUCCUUUAGGUCCCUCGUCCACAUCGGAUUUAUCUGGCUUUACUCGACGUUUUCUUAAUCAAGAAUAUCAAACUGUUGUUCAAUCUACAUCAACUGGUAUCGAAACGAAUAUUGAUUCAGGUACUUCUAGACACAUAUUUUAUGCGAUAUUUCAUGCUCGCACACCUUUUCAUUCUAGGAGACUUAUUAAGAUCAAUAUAUGAAAUACAUUUCCUGGAAAGGAAAUGUUUCUUCUAUAUAAACACGCAGUAGUAUACUGACGCUACAGUAUCUCUGUG